AGGCAGGUGGAGGUCAGAGUCAUGGCGAACGUAUCAUGCUGGCUGCAGAAGGAUUUGGCAAUAGGAAAUGUUUCAUCGAGAGUUUACAACGCAAAGAGGCAACAAGCUCUUCUGGGUCAGAUCAGGUAGAUUCUUCCACUCAAGAUGAUGUGCCGUCUGUUCCUCCAGAUCUGUCUAUCUGCAGGUUCCUGUUGGAGCAGGCAGUUUCUGUUCGAGCUUUACAGGAGCUGGUGACAGCAGAGUCUGUAGAAGACAGUCCUGCUGCUUCACAGAACCACAGAACACUGCUGUAUGGUCAUGCUGUGCUCCUCAGACACAUGCACAGCAACAUGUACCUGUCUUGUCUGUCUACCAGCUCCUCUAAGGAUAAGCUAGCCUUUGAUGUGGGAUUACAGGAAGGUUCCCAAGGUGAGGCAUGCUGGUGGAUCAUCAAACCUGCCUCCAAACAAAGGUCUGAAGGGGAGAAGGUCAGGGUUGGAGAUGACCUCAUUCUUAUGAGUGUGUCCUCAGAGAGGUAUCUGCAUGUUACCUUCAAUGGCGGCUUUGGUGUCCAAGCAGCAUUCCAGCCCACCUUGUGGUCAGUUGUACCUGCCAGUGCUGGAGCUGACCCAGCACAAGGCUUCUUGGGUGGUGGAGACGUGUUAAGGUUUCUGAGGAUGGAUGAGUGUAUGACAGUGCCUCUAGUUGUGGGGAAAGACGAGGACGAUGCAAGGCCAGUGCACUAUGAACUUGGGGAAGUUAUAGACCAUGCAAGGUCACUGUGGAGGAUAGAGCUUUUGAGGACCAAAUGGAGCUCCCAACAUAUUGACUGGGGUCAGCAAUUCAGGCUACGUCAUGUAACCUCAGGAAAGUACCUGACCAUCAAAGACAAUCGUUUAGUCGUCAUAGUACCAAAGGAUCAGUGUGAUGCUAAGUCCAGCUCGUUUUGUAUGAAGAGGACAAAGGAUGACAAGAAAACAUGGGACAAGAGGAUUAUGGGAAUGGGCACACCCCAGAUCAAGUAUGGAGAAUCUCUUGUCUUUAUCCAGCAUGUGGACACAGGAUACUGGCUAUCUUACCAGGCAGCUAGUGGGAAGAGGACUCAACUUGUGGCUACCAGGAGGGCCAUUGUGUCCCUGGAGGGCCACAUGGAUGACAGCAUGUCCCUGCAGAGGGCCCUGCCUGAGGAGGCACAGGCUGCCAGGAUUGUCAGGAAGUCAACAAGCAUCUUUGACAAGUUUACUAUUGACCUGGCUUACCUGUCCGUCCUGUCCAAGGGGCAGAAGAUGAAGCUGGAAGUGGACGCAAUCAUGGCUGUUAUUGCCGAUCUCAUCAAGUACUUUGCUCAGCCAGCAGAAAAUGAAACCCAUGAAGAGAAGCAGUUGAAGUUGAAGACUGUGAGAAACCGUCAGGACUUGUUUCAGGAGGAGGGCAUGAUAGAGAUGGUGUGUAAUGUCAUUGACAAGCUGUCAGAGUUCAAGAGUGCUCGUUUAUUUGCCCAAGUGGCUGGAGAGCAGGCAGGACUGGCUUAUGAAGGAAUUGUGGACUCUUUGUAUCAAUUACUGGCUUGCAUGAUCCGGGGAAACAGGAGCAACUGUACCAAGUUUGCUAAGUCCUUGGGCUGGUUGGUGAGCAAGCUGGAAAGUCAAUCUGCCUCCACUGGUAUUCUGGAUGUGCUACAUUGUGUGCUAAUUGAGAGUCCUGAUGCUCUGAACAUGGUCAAAGAACAGCACAUCAAAGUCAUCAUCUCUCUCAUUGAGAAGCAUGGUAGAAAUCACAAGGUUCUGGAUGUGUUGUGUUCCCUGUGUGUGUGCAAUGGAGUGGCUGUCAGGUCCAACCAGAACCUGAUUGUGGACAACCUGCUGCCCAGCAGGGAUAUCCUGUUGCAAACCAAACUGCUCGAUCACGUCACCAGCAUACGGCCCAACCUGUAUGUAGGGCUGGCAGACGGAGGAGUACAUUACACCAAGUGGUACUAUGAGCUGGUUGUAGAGGAGGUACAGCAGAACACCUCCAUCCCUGCACACCUGAGGGUCGGCUGGGCCAACUCCAGUGGUUUCUCCCCAUACCCUGGUGGUGGUGAGGGUUGGGGGAGUAACGGUGUGGGAGAUGACUUCCAUUCUUAUGGUUUUGAUGGGAUGCAUCUGUGGACAGCUGGACGUGCCAGGAGGGUUCAGUCCUACGACCCCCACAUGUUGACAAAGGGGGACAUUGUCAGCUGCUGCCUGGACCUCACAGUACCCUGUAUUUCAUUCCGUAUGAAUGGAAACCCAGUGCAGGGCAUGUUUGAGCAUUUCAACUCCUCCCCUGGUCUCUUCUUCCCAGUGAUUAGUUGCUCUACAAAAGUAGUUGUCCGUUUCCUGUUUGGAUCACCACACGGCGACUUACAGUACCUUCCUCCGGAGGGCUACGCUCCGAUAUAUGAACUUCUGCUCCCUAAUGAACCACUGGUAGUAGAACCCCUCUUCCACUUUGCAGGGGUGGAUGAAGGAUACAUCCAUGGCUCCAAAGGCCUGGAGAAGUAUGAACCACUCGUGCCUAACCCUGUCAACACUACACAUAUCACUCUGCCUGGCUUUGUGGAGUCUGUACGGGAAAAAUUGACUGAGAACCUUCACGACCUCUGGUGCAUGAAGAAGAUUGAGGCUGGUUGGAGUUAUGGCAUAGCUGAGGAUGAGGAGAAGAAGCAAGAGCCAAGACUUAUUGACUUCAGCAAGCUUCACCAUGAUGAGAGGACAGCUCAAACUAAUUUUAUACUGGAAAGCCUCAAGGCCAUUGUUUCUCUUGGCUACCAUAUUGGCGUAGCUGACAUCGAAGCUGCCAAGAAGGUCAAGAAACUCAGACUGCCAAAGAACUACAUGAUGGCUAAUGGGUACAAACCUGCUCCGGUGGACACCUCCAAAAUCUCCCUGACUAACAAGCUUAAGGAACUGGUAGAGCAACUGGCAGAGAAUACUCAUAACAUCUGGGCAAGGGACAGAGUCCGUGAUAAGUGGACCCAUGGCCUUGUUGAAGACAAGGAGUUGAAGAGACAUCCCUAUCUGUUACCAUACAACCUUCUCCCAGAGUCAGUUAAACAGAACAACAGGGAGAAAGGGUAUGAGGCAAUCCGCACCCUUCUGGCUUAUGGCUACUCCAUUGAACCACCCGUCACAUCUGAUGAGCCAGCCAUCAGAGCUCUUUUGAGGGGAGCCAAUGGGUCCAAAAAGACUCGACUAAGGACGUACCGCGGAGAGAAGACAUAUGCGGUGAAGAAGGGGAAGUGGUACUUUGAGUUUGAAGUGGUGUCUACAGGCAACAUGAGAGUUGGCUGGUGCUCACCACUCACCAGGUCUGAUGAGGAUCUUGGUGCAGACAAUCUCUCCUAUGCUUUUGAUGGCUUUUAUGGGCUGAAAUGGCACGGCCACCAUGAAAGUUUUGGCCGUACUUGGAGGCCUGGUGAUGUAGUGGGAUGUCUACUGGAUCUGAAUGAUAAACACAUCAGCUUUACCUACAAUGGUGAGCUGAUGGUAGACAAAAAUGGACAGGAAGUUGCUUUCAAGGACAUCGAAAUUGGACAGGGUUAUGUACCAGCAUGCAGUCUUGCAAAGGGAGAGAAGGCCAGGCUAAACCUUGGGCAUGAUGCCUCCACUUUCAAGUUUUUCACAGUACAUGGGCUGAAGGAGGGCUAUGAACCAUUCUGUGUGAACAUGAAGAGGCCGAUGACUAUGUGGUAUACAGUCCAUCAUCUUCCACUGUUCAGUAACAUCAGUAAUGAUGAGAUUGAUGUCAUCAGGAUUCCUCCUGGUGCCAAAGCACCACCUUCCCUGAAAGUGGUGCACAAGAAGAUCAGCACCAAGCAGGAUGAGCCAAACUUUGUGUACAUGCGGCUCAGCCUGCCAGUGAAAAUGAGGGACAGGUUCACCAGACCACGAGUCAGGACUGAAGAGGAGUUUGAUCCCAUUCUUGACAAAGUUGAUACCGAUUUUGAAGCUCUUGUUAAGAGCAAAGAAGGACAGUUUAGUGAAGAGAAACCCAAGUUCAAGGAUGACAUGACAGAGAGGGACAGGCUCAAGAUGUUGGCAGAGAAGUCUCUAGAGAGGAUGGGGGAACUGGACACCUCCAAGGAAAAGAAGCCGAAGAAGAAACCCCUUGAUACCCUCUUGAAGAGAAAGAGACCAGCCUCUGUCAUCAUGGAGCCUGAAUCACCUGCAACACCAGCUGAACCUGAGGAGGAAGAACCUGACUGGAGCAAAGUUACCACAUACUACUGGGCUGUCAGGAUUUUCCCACAACAGGACCCAAAUCAGGUGUACGUGGGCUACUGUACAACUGACUUUCACCAGUACGAGAGAGAUUUUGAUCCUCUGAAGAUCAGACAAGUUACCUGCACCAUGGGUGACGAGCAUGGCAAUGUCUAUGAGACAAUUACCCGGCAGAACUGCUUUAUGAUCUGUGCUGGUGACUACGCGGCAGCCAUGGGCCCAGAGGGAGCUAAGCGAGGUCUCGUCAUUGGCUGCAUGGCUAACGUGGCCACUGGAGUUCUGUCCUUCUCUGCCUAUGGCAAAGAGCUCACAACCACCUUCCAGGUGGAACCAGGUAUGAAGGUGUUUCCUGCAGUUUUCUGUGAUCCUUCAGCUCAUGACAUGGUGCAAGUUGAGCUGGGGAAGAGUAAGACCUGCCUGCCGCUGUCUGCAGUCUACUUCAAGAGUGAGGCUGGUAACCCUGUGCCUCAGUGCCCAGCCAGGGUGGAGAUGCAGCUGCUCAAGCCGACCUCCUGGAAGAGAAUGCCAGCCAAGUGCCUAGACGUGCGCAGCUUCAAAGAGUCUCCAACCAAGGGAUAUCACAUGGAGUGUAUAGAGCCUGUGCAAUUUAUGGCCUGUUACAUUCCUGAGGAACACAAAUGUGUGGAUCUCCUGGAGCUGAUUGAUGAUGAAAUUCUCUUGAGGUUCCAUGCUGGAACACUGAAAAUGUACAGUGCUGUAUGUGCCGAGGGGAACUACAGAGUCGCACACAUCCUGACUGAGCAUAUUGACAGGGAACAACUCAUGUACUGUAUUAGAUCAAGAUAUCUCCCAGGACUGUUGAGGAAGGGUUUCUAUGACCUCAUGAUUGACAUGCAUCUGGAGUCAAGGGUCAAGUCAAGGAUGAUGACCCAGAAUGAGUACAUCGUGCCCCUGAGUGACCAGACCCGCUCCAUCACCCUGUUUGAGGACUGUGAAGCUCUGAAACCAUUUCUACCUGGUGUCUGCCCAUCCACCUCUAUCAGACCACCAGUACUCAAGCCAGAGUUCAUAACAGAAAUUGGAGACCUGAAGUUUGUUGGCAGCCCACCAUAUGACCUGAUAGAACUGAAAAAGUAUGUCCUGGAGGAGCUGACAGCUGCAGUCCAUGCAGGUGUUCAUUGCAGGGACCCACCUGGAGGAAGCAUGGAGAACCUCUUUGUUCCAUCUUUAAAACUUGUGGACAAGCUGUUUCUCAUUGGUAUUUUGAAUGAUGAUGAGAAGAGACUGAUUCUGAGCCUGAUUCACCCGGGUGUGUUUGAUGAGAACUAUGCAUCAGGCACUGUUCCUGAUGGACUGCUGCAAAUGGGUCUGGUGGAACCAGUCAAACUGCAGAUGUGCUACCUGCUUCAUCAUCUAUGUGACAAUGAUCUUAGGCACAAGGUGGAGUCCAUUGUUGCAUUCGGAGACCAGUGGGCCUGUAAAGUACAAAAGAACCAAGCAGAGCGCUACCACGAGGUGAUGAGUGCUCUGCACAUGUCGGUGGCUGUCACAGCCAGGAAGACCAAAGAGUUCAGGUGUUCACCACAAGAGCAAAUGAAUCAUCUAGUGGAUUUUAAAGAUGAUGAAGAGAAUGAAGACUGUCCCACACCCAUGGACAUGAGAGAGGCCAUGUUUUACUUCCAUGAUGACAUGCUGACUGACCUGGGUAUGCCAUUGGAUGAAGAAGAGGAGGAGCCACCUACUCUCUCUAUUGGUCAGCGCUUUGUUAACCUGCUAAAGAAGCUGAGACUGGUGAGAAACAAGCAGGAGGAAGAUGGGGAGGAAGGGAGGGAGGAAGAACCAGCACCAGAGAAUCUGCAGCAGCUGGUGUCUCAGCUCAUGGUGAAGUGGGCCACAGAGGCUCACUUGGAGGACCCUUCUCUGGUGCGGGAGAUGUUCAGUCUGCUCCACCGGCAGUAUGACAGCAUCGGUGAGCUGCAACGUGCCCUGGAGAAGUCCUACACCAUCAGUGACAGGUCUGUUGAUGAUGUUCGCAGACUGCUGGGGUCUAUUGUACAGAUCCGCUCCUUACUGUAUGUGCAGAUGGGAACAGAGGAGGAGGAGCUCAUGAUUCAUGGGCUAGCAGGCCUGAUGAACAAUGUAGUAUUCUACCAGCACCCCCACCUGUUGAGGGCCUUGAACAUCCACGAAACUGUCAUGACUGUCAUGGUCAAUGUGCUUGGUAAAACUCCAGAGGGAUCUACUGAGCUGUUGUUCCCUAAGUUGGUGGAGGAAAGCUGCAGGUUUCUGUGUUACUUCUGCCGCUGCAGCAAGCAGAACCAGAAGGCAAUGUUUGACCACCUGUCCUACCUGCUAGACAACAGUUCCUUUGGUCUAAGUGACCCUGCAAUGAGGGGAGCCACCCCACUGGAUGUGGCCUCAGCUUCAGUGAUGGACAACCAUGAGCUGGCCCUGGCAGUUAGGGAGACCCAUCUAGAAAAGGUGGUGAACUACCUGGCUCGUUCCAGCCUACACCACAACAAGCUGCUGAGUGACGACAUUGGCUGGGACCCCAUUGAGGCUGAGAGAUACAUAGAUUUCCUCAAACAAACUGUCUGGGUUAAAGAUGAGUGUGUGGAAGAAAACUCCAUGCUUGUAGUACGUCAGCUGAUCCGCAGGCCAGAAUGCCUUGGUCCAGCCCUCGGGGAGGAGGGAAAAGGUCUUUUAGUCACCAUUAAGGAAGCCAUGGAGCUGUACAAGAUCCCUGAGGUCACCAUAGAUGAGGAUGAACUUAAGAAUAGGCCUGCCCCUCAGGAUAGACUACCUCCAGGAGAUCGUGAAGGUGACAUCCAGGUGGACAUGGCCUACUGCAUCAUUACCUUCUACUCAGCACUCAUUGAGCUGCUGGGGAAAUGCUCUCCUGACCAAAAUCUCAUUAUGCAGGGUAAGAGUGAGGCUCUGAGGAUCCGUGCCAUAUUGAGGAGCCUGGUGGUAAUGCCUGACCUGGAGGGUGUGCUGGCCUUGAAGUUCAGGCUGCCAACAUCUUUAGAACUCAGGGCAGGUGUGGCUCAAGGAAUGGAGCAAGGCUUCACACCUAUACACAAGGCAGGAGUUGUGGUGUUUUUGGACCGGGUGUACGGUAUCGAGACACGUGAGGUGCUGCUCAGGUUGAUUGAAGUGGCCUUCCUGCCAGAUCUCAGGUCCACCAACAGCUUGGACACAGAUGAGAUGCACAACUGCGACAUGGCCCUGGCACUGAACAGAUACAUGUGCAACUCUGUGCUGCCUCUGCUGACCAGAAAUUCACACCUGUUUGCCAACUGUGAUCACCGGGCCAACCUGAUCGACUCCCUCCUCCACCAGGCUUACAGGUUGUCUCGCUGCAGGUCCCUCACCACUGCACAGAGGGACACUGUCUCAGACUUCCUGGUAGCAGUAGCCAGGGAGCUUCGACCCAGCAUGAUGCAGAGACUACUGAGAAAACUCUCCUAUGAUCUGCCUUCUUUGAAUGAAUACACUUUUGUACCGCUGAGGCUGCUAACUCUUCACUUUGAGAGAUGUUCCAAGUACUACGGCACACUGGGAGGAUGGGGAGACUAUGGCUGUGCCAGUGAUGAGGAGAAAAGACUGACAAUGAACCUGUUUUCUGGAGUCUUUGAUGCCUUGGCAAAGAGGCCUUAUGAACCAUCCUUGUUCUCCAAAACUCUGCCCUGUCUGACGGCCAUCGCCUGUGCCCUGUCGCCAGACUAUGCUCUGGUAAAAGAUGAUGAGAGCUGGCAGAGAUACAGUCACACUGACAAGGAGGGCAACUAUGUGCCUGUACCAGUAAACAUUGACAAAUCCACUCUGCCCAUUGACUUCUCUGGAUUUGUCAAUAAACUUGCUGAGCAAACUCAUGACAUGUGGGCUUAUGAAAAGUACAAUGCUGCCUGGGCCUUUGGUGAAGAGCUUGAUGAAGGAGCAAAGAGACACCCGAUGUUGAAGCCUUACAGGCUUUUCAAGGAUCAUGAGAAAGAUUUCUAUCGCACACCCAUCUCAGAGGCCCUGCGCUGCAUGCUGGCCUGGGGAUGGAUUAUCGAAAAGUCAAAGGAGUCCGAGCAGCAGGCACUCUCUGCAAGAACCAGAAGGAUUCAAUCUACCAAUACACAGGCUGCUGCUGAGUCUCCUCAUGGUUACAACCCCAAGCCAUAUGAUAUGUCAGUGAUUGCCCUCACCAGAGAACUAACUGCCAUGUCUGAUCGUCUGGCAGAAAAUUUCCAUGACGUGUGGUGUGUCAGCAAGCAAAAAGAACUGGCGGGUAAAGGAGGUGGUACACACCCUAUGUUGGCACCAUAUGACACCCUGACAGCCAAGGAGAAGGCCAAACAUAGGGACAAGGCCAUGGACAUCAUCAAGUUCCUACAGAUGAAUGGCUACAGUGUCAUCAGACAAGUGAAUGAGGAGAAGGAGAAGAUGAACCUACUUGAGAACAGAUUUGCUCACAUCCUACUGAAGAAGCUGCUUGGAUACGUGGAUAAGGCCAGGGAGAUUAUGGCAGGCAUGAAGCCUCCUAAACCUUCUGCUAAGAAGAUCAGAAGACCCCGUAGGGAUGUGCCACCUGAAGAGGAUAUAAACUUCUUCCUUAAGGUGGUCUUGCCUUUGAUAGAGAAGUACUUCAGCACACAUAGGUCUUACUUCGUCCUUGAUCCCAAAGCCACCCCAGAGUACGGCAAGGCUUCCCCCAUGGAGAUCGAACUGGUCACAAGGCUGUUCUGUGAGCUGUCAUCUCUUCUGAGGGAUAAGAUUGCCUACUUUGGAAAGGACGUUCAAGUCGGGGUGAGAUGCCUUCAUGCCCUGGAUCGCUGCAUUGAUGCAAGAGCCAUCAACAGCCCCAAGUGUCCUGUGGAGGUUAAGAAGGGGAUUCGAGAUUUCUUCAUCAAUGCUGCAGGAGACCUCAGCAUCCUGGUCAACACCAUCAAGAGCCCCAACUUUGGUCAACCUAAAGGGAAAUCAUAUGUGGGUGCACCAGAGGUGACCUACUGCAGCGCUGUGCUCAUCCCUGUCCUGACUUCACUCUUUGACCACAUAGGAGAAAAUAGCUAUGGCUCAGUACAACUCUUGGGUGAGAUCCAGCUGGCAGCAUAUCGCAUCUUCAACACUGUGUACUUUCUCGGGGCAUCAAAAUCAAUCUUCACUGAGGCAUCACCAGGGCAGGAAGAGCUUGAAAGUGUUCUGAAGAGGAACCGUCCAGCUCUGGGUGCCUGCCUGGCUGCCUUCUCCAGUGCCUUCCCUGUGGCCUUCUUAGAACACGAAUACAACACUAUCAACAAGGACUGCAUCUUUGCAGACAAUGAGCAAAUAGCCAAGUUGGGCUUACCUAGCUCUGCUCAAGAGAUCUGGCCAGACAUGCCCACCUUCCAGCAACUGGUAGACCAGAUAACACAUCUGGCCAACUCGGAGUCUGCAUAUGAGGAAGCACCUCACAUAAUUGAAGUAAUUCUACCAAUGUUGUGCAGCUACCUGUCACUAUGGUGGGACCAUGGGCCCAGCAACAUGGCCAACAAGGGAAUAGCUGAGGAUAAGUUGACUACAGGUGUCAGCAACAAACAGAUGAACGAAGUCCUGGGCAGCGUGCUGAAGCUGAUCCGAAACAACCUUGGUCUACCUGAAGCCAGCUGGAUGAAAAGAGUUGCAAACUGCACCCAGCCAAUUAUUGGCUGUGCAGGUACUGAACUGCUUGGCAGCCACUUCCUACCUGUGCUGGAGGAGUUGAAGAAGAAGGCUCAGCAAAUAGAGUACACAGAAGAGCUGCUGAAGUUGGAGUGGAAGGCUGGAACAGACCUAUCUGAGGAAGAACUGGCCAUGCUUGAGAAAAAGCAGCGCCACAAGAAGAAAGGGCACCAUCACGAGCAUGAGCAUGCAUGUGACAGUGACACGUGGCAGCGUAGAUGGACUAAGUAUUAUGAACUUAUGCAGGACUACCAAAUGUUAGCCAGGGACCUGUAUGCCUUCUACCCUCUCCUCAUCAGAUUUGUGGACCUCAAUAGGCAAGCAUGGCUGAAGGUCCCAUCCCCUGAGGCAAAUACUCUCUUCAAGCUAACAGCUGAUGUCUUCCUGAUCUGGGCCAAGUCAGCUGCCUUCCGGAGAGAAGAACAGAAUUAUGUGGUACAAAAUGAAAUUGACCUUAAGGCCUUCCUGGCUGGCACCAGUGGUAAGAGGCCCACUGCUGGAAUGUUCAACAAAAGAAAAAGAGGAAAGGAUCUGUACUCACACAGCACAAGCCUGGUUGUGGCUGCUCUGAAACGUCUCAUCCCAGUAGGCCUUAAUGAUUUUGGGGCCAGGGAACAAGACCUUGUCCAACAAGCCAAGCUGAGAUAUCUCAUGUUGGAAGCUCCACCAGGCAGUGUGACUGACCUUCUGAAAAAGGAGGUAAAAGAUUCUGAUGUAGAGGUGAAGGACUACCUUAAGAAUAACAUGGCUAUUCUAGAGAAGUCCUCUGAUGAUCCAAGCUACCAGUGGCAAAGAGAACUGUAUGCCAACCUGCCACACAAACUUGGGGUUGCUGAUCUAACUAAUGAUGAGAUCAUUGACAAGGUGCAGGAGGUUGCACAGGUCAUAUACAAACUGCACAAGUUUGAGCAUCCAGAAGGCACAGGUCGCACCAUCUGGAACAAAUUGGUUUCCACUCAGAGGAAGAGGGCAGUCAUGAGCUGCUUCAGGAUGGCCCCGAUGCAUAGACUCCCUGAACAUCAGGCCAUCAACCUGUUCUUGCACUCAUACAUGGACAAGUGGCUGGGCAAUGGAAGCAGCUACAGCAAACAUUAUAGAGAACUCACAAAGGAAAUAGAUGAAGCAGAGGGGGAAGUAGGGGAGGAUGAAGUUCCCAAACCUGACCCUCUCCACCAGCUCAUCAGCUGCUUCAACAGGGCAGCAGCUGAACAACAAGAGGCUUUGGAUGAAGAUUUCCUCUACAUGUGCUAUGCUGACAUCAUGGGCAAGAGUUGCAGUGGAGAAGAAGAAGGAGAAGAAGAGGAUGGUGGAGAGGAAGAAGAGGGAGAAGGCCCGACAUUUGAGGAACAAGAAAUGGCAAGUAGACAGUUGCUAAAUGAGCAGUGCAGACUUGCAGAGCGUGGAGCAGCAGAAAUGGUCCUACUUACCAUAAGUGCCAGCAAAGGUGAAUGCAGUCCUAUGAUGGAACGUACACUUCAACUUGGAAUUUCUCUCUUGUCAGGAGGCAAUGAGGAUGUUCAGAAGAAAAUGUUACAACAUCUGCAAGAGAAGAAGGACGUUGGCUUCUUCCAGAGUAUAGCAGGACUAAUGUCCAAGUGCAAUGUUCUUGACCUGGACACCUUUGAGAGAUGCAACAAAGCUGAGGGAUUGGGGGUUGGGGAAGCAGGGCUCAGUUCUGGACAACGUGCUCUACACGACGCACCCUUCACCUGCUCCCUGUUCCGCUUCCUUCAGCUGCUGUGUGAAGGCCACAAUCUGGACUGGCAAAACUACUUGCGAGCCCAAAUUGGCCAUAAUGCCACAAUCAACCUCAUCAUCAGCACAGUAGACUAUCUGCUCAGACUACAGGAGUCCAUGAGUGACUUUUACUGGCACUAUGCAAGCAAGGACCUCAUUGAUGAAGCAGGGCAAGAAUAUUUCAAGAUUGCCAUCAGGAUAGCAAGACAAGUAUUCAACUCCCUUACAGAGUUCAUCCAGGGCCCAUGCCAGGGUAACCAGGAGACCCUAGCCCAUAGCAGGCUGUGGGAUGCCAUCACAGGGUUUCUCUACAUCUUUGCUCAUCUGCAAAAGAAACUGGCACAGGAUUCCAGUCAAGUGAACCUACUGAAGGCUCUGUUAUCACUACAUUCUGACAUGGUCACCAUGCUGCUGUCCUUGUUGGAAGGGAAUGUUGUUAAUGGCAACAUAGGAAAACAGAUGGUAGACAUGUUGGUUGAGUCAUCACAAAAUGUAGAGAUGAUCCUUCAGUUCUUUGACAUGUUCUUGAAGUUGGAGCAGGUUACAGAGUCUGAUGCAUUCAAGGCCAUCUUGGAAAAAAAUGCACAAGAGAGAGGAGAUGAGAUGGCAGACAAUUCAUACAUUUCACCCAAGGACUUUAGAAAGGCAAUGGAAAGCCAGAAGAUCUAUGAAGAGGAAGAAAUUGACUUCCUCCUGUCCUGUACUGAAACAAAUGCUGAGGGACUCAUUGACUACCAGUCCUUCAUUGACAUGUUCCACGAGCCUGCCCGUGAAAUCGGUUUCAAUGUUACAGUUUUGCUGACAAACCUAUCUGAACACAUGCCAAAUGACAACAGACUAAGCAAAUUCUUGGACCUCUCUGAGAACAUGAGGAACUAUUUUGAGGAGAACCUGGGACGUAUUGAAAUUCUAGGUGGAGCUGAACGUGUGGAAAGAGUGUACUUUGAGGUCAAGGAAGAAUUCAUUGAGCAAUGGGAGAAACCUCAGAUCAAGGACUCCAAGCGGAACUUCAUCUUCAAUGUGCUAACAGGAGAUGAUGACAAAGAGAAAUUAGAUGCCUUUAUCAAUUUCUGUGAGGACACCAUCUUUGAGAUGCAACAUGCCACUAACAUCAGUAAGGCAGAGGGUGUUGGUCUGGGGGCUCUUAUUGGUGGAGGGGAGGAGGAGGAGGAGGAGCCAUCAAACCUUUCUCCAAACAGACCCAUUGGUGAGAUGAAGAAGAUUCUGGGGAAUCUAAUGGACUUCUUCAUGCCAGGAACCAUUAAGAAGAAUGUGCUGAAGGCUGCAACAAUGUCUCCAGUUGAGAUGACCAAAGGUUCCUUUUUCUUCCUGCUUUCCUUCGUCACUGGAUGCUUGCUGUUUGGAUUCUCAGCAAUCAAGUUUGCCUUCCUGCUUUCGUUCCAAGUUUUGUUCAAUAAUGCGAUAAUGCGGUCAUUAAGAAAGAAAAUAUUCCCUGAAAAAAAAGAAGAGGAAGCAGUGGCAGAUGCCAUUGAAAAACCGGUGGCAUCAAGAACCAUCUAUCGAGAGAUACCCGACUACCUCAAGGAGCAGGAACGAAACACAAGAAUAGCCUCCGUGUUUGGUAUGGAGAUCAUCAGAGGAGAUGAGGAGGGUGAAAUGAAGAUGAAGAUGGUUCACGUUGCCAAGGCUGCACAGCAGGCUGAAACAGAUGAUGAGACGGAAGAAGAGCAUGAAGAGGAGACAGAAGAAGAGGAAACAGCUGAGAAAGAAGAAAUUCCCACAGAAAAGGGAGCUGAAGCAGCUGAAGGUGCUGAUGAGGAGGAGGUUCUGGAAGAUGAGGUGUUUGAAGAAUCUCCUGAGGAGGAGCAGCCACAGAAGAAGCGCAGGAAGAAGGUGGAAGAGGAGGAGAAGCCUCCAGAGAACAAGUUCUCUGUGCUGGUGGAACAGAUCAUGAGUGUGUUUGCUCGCAACUUCUACAACAUGAAACACUUGGCUCUCAUGGUGACCUUCUGUGUCAACUUCAUCUUGCUCUUCUAUAAGAUCUCCAGUAUGGAUGAUGACAAUGGUGAGGAGAACGGCAACGGUGAUGAGGAUGGGGACUUUGAGAAUGGAGAUGAGGAAGACGAAGACUUUGAGUCAGUUAUUAUAGAGGAAGGGUUGGAGUUCCUGGAGCCUGUAUUACAACUGCUGAGCAUCAUACACACCAUGGUCGCUAUCUCCAUCGUCAUCUCUUACUAUCACCUCAAGAUUCCUCUUGUGAUCUUCAAGAGAGAGAAGGAAGUUGCCCGUGACCUGGAGUUCGAAGGCAAGUGGAUUGUGGAGCAGCCGUCUGAGGAUGACUUCAAGGGACAAUGGGAUAGAUUAGUCUUACCAACAUCGUCGUUUCCAAACUUCUACUUCGACAAGUUUGUCAAGAGAAGGACCAGAGAGAAGUACUCAGAGACACAUGACUUUGAAAGGAUGACAGCACUUCUUGGCAUGGAAGAUGGAGUCAGUGGGGAAACUAAGGAAAGCCCUUCAUCGCUGUUUUCUAUGCUGAAAAACGUGGACUGGAGGUACCAGCUGUGGAAGAUGGGUGUGACUCUGACUGACCAAGACUUCCUGUACCAGCUUGGUUUCCUCUUGUUCUCUAUGCUGGGGCAUGUCAACUACUUCUUCUUUGCUGCUCAUCUGGUAGAUGUUAUCAUGGGCUACAAGACUCUCCGGGUUAUUCUUCAGGCUAUCACCCACAAUGGCAAGCAGCUGUUGCUCACCUGCGGCAUGAUGGCCAUUGUGUGCUACCUGUACACUGUGCUGGCCUUCAACUUCUUCCGCAAGUUCUAUGACAAGGGUGAAGAGGACGAACCAGAUUUGAAGUGUGAAAGCAUGUGGACGUGCUUCAUGUUCCACAUGUACGUUGGAGUCCGAGCUGGUGGUGGCAUAGGUGACGAGUUAGUGGAGCCAGAUGGGGAUGAAUACGAAUACUACCGUAUGAUCUUUGACUUCACCUUCUUCUUCCUGAUUGUCAUCAUCCUGCUGGCCAUUGUCCAGGGUUUCAUCAUUGAUGCUUUUGGUGAACUGAGAGACCAGGCCAACUCUGUGGAGGAAACAUUAGAGAGCAAAUGUUUCAUCUGUGGCAUAGAUGCAGAGUACUUCAACGAGUUACCAAGAGGAUUUGAGAUACACACGGAAAAGGAGCACAACUUUGCAAAUUAUAUGUUCUUCUUGAUGCACUUGAUACAGAAAGAUUCCACGGAUUACACAGGACAGGAGUCCUAUGUGUGGCAGAUGUAUCAGGAGAGAAACUGGGACUUCUUUCCAGUGGGAGAAUGCUUCCGUAAGCAGUAUGAGAAUGAGCUGAAGGAGUAGAGGAAUAAGAUCGAGAAUCAUCAGGACCACUGUAGUAGGUAGGGGCAUGGGGUGGUCAACACCAACAGACUAGUCAUGUACACUUAUGUCUUCAACAGAAGAGGAGCUGAGUCUUGAGUUUGCCAGGCAGCCAUUAUUACCCUAUUCCUCUACUUUACAAGGCAGGGUGUUGUUAGGAAGAUAAUGAUGUUUACAGCUAGUAAGCUACAGCUAUAUAGGAAGAUAUAUCUCAAGGCUCUUGUGGCAGUUGAGAGAGAUGUAACAGCUGAUAACAGCUGACAGGAAUCAUUAUCUGUCUAGUUCUUACCAGAAGAAUGAAAAGGCCCAUAUCAAGUGAUGAGUACACUAUAUACAUGUACAUGUAUGUAUCAUCAUAUAGUUACAGGUCAACUGAAAAACUGGAAAAAGUGGUAUGAAUUCAUAGACUCGAAGAGGACUUAUGUUUGAAGAAAUUAUAAAUUUUAACAAAUGAAAAAGUAAUAAACAUAGAAAAACAUUAGGCCUUUCUGAAGCAGUGACUUGUCAAUACAAAUAUACCAAAACAACAUCACUGUAGGCUGCCAAAAUAGACUGUAGUAGGACAUGUAGAUAUGCUGCCGCUGAAAACUCGUAAUUUUGAAUAAUGUACAAGAUUUAUUUAUUUGCAUGAAUGUUUGUUAUUUUGACUGUUGCAAAAAGUUGUAGGUGAAAUGUAGACAACUGCUCCAUUAACCCACCUUUUUGAUGUUAGGAUGAUGGGGCUGUAAAGGUUUUGUAAUUAAACUUAUUAUACUCAUGAAAUAAACCAAAUGUACAUGAUGUAUGUUGACCAGUUUGUACCCACUCUAGCAUCAUAGUUUUAUCAUACAGAAAUUUAGAAGGCUAGAAUAGACCCUUCAGUCUAAGAACGAUGUUGUAGGUGUAGAACAGAAGUGGUAUUUUAUUCGUAAACCAAUUUUUAAAUGUUAAUGCUUGUUUGUGUCUUUUCUGGAUAAUUUUCUAUAAUCUCAAACUAUGUAGUCUGUUGCUGUCAAUUUUAACAAUUUCAAUGCAAAUGUACAUGGCGCAGAAUCCUGUCAACUCAUUUUCAAUUCUAACUUUGAAGAUUACGACAUGUAGAUAUCACAAGCAAAUAAAAAUAAAAGAUUGGAUGGUGAAAUGCUGCCGUUGAAGACUUUGGAAGAGCAGUUGUAUUGUAAUGACAAGGGAAGCCAAAGUUUUAGAUAUGCAAAAGAAUGCAGAUAGAUAAAUAACUCGCACCUGUCACUGUUUGAGGUUUAUUUUGUAUAAGAUCUGAGAUUGUGCUGAGGUGAUGUGAUGACUAGGGAAGAAGCUUGAAGCAAUCCUUUAGUCUACAUCUCAUCAUCCCAACCGUAUCACUUGAAUGUGAGCUGCAACUUGGAAUGAAAUAAAGGAGAAGUGUGUUCUGA